UCUGGAAUCUUACCUCUCUGGAAGUUGUCAAGCACGCGCGACCUUCCUCUUCCGCAUAGAGUUGAUCAAAAUCAAUCCCCAAUCUCGGCGUGGUUCCUCUUAAGUUAGAAAUCACCACCCCGCGGCAUGAGGCCAAUCCUAUUGCCGGAUCCACCCAGUCUAUCCACGGGCGUACCCGAGAUUUUCGAACAAGGCGGACCUCAGAACGUCGUCAGACGCGCCGUCGUCAUCGGAAACGGUUUCCCCGGCUCCGAGAAUCAGUCCAUCGGUCUCGCUCGUGCCCUCGGCUUGGCCGAAAACCACCUACUCUACAGAGUUACAAGGCCUAAAGGAGGGAUACAUGAGUGGCUACACUGGCUCCCUGUUGGUUUCCACAAGUAUUUGGACUUCAUCCUCAGGCAUCUUUACCUCUACUCCAGAUUGAUGCUCAGGUCCAAACAAACUAAAUACAUAUCCUCGGAGAAUAGUGGCAAUGUAGGCUUGUCUUCUAUUCUCGAGGCUGACGUGAACAAGAUUGUGACCAUGGCUCGCGAGACCUAUGAAAAGGAUGGCCCGUUGGUGGUGAUUGCGUGUGGGAGAGAUACUGUUUCUAUCGCUAGCUCCAUUAGGCGUCUGGCUUCUGAAAACGUCUUCGUUGUUCAGAUACAACAUCCUAGAUCACACCUAAAUAGGUUUGACAUGGUGAUAACCCCUCGUCACGACUAUUAUCCUCUAACCCCUGAAGCGCAAGAACAAGUUCCUAGAUUUAUGCGUUGUUGGAUAACUCCUCGUGAGCCACCUCAGGGUCAUGUUGUCUUGACAACUGGAGCUCUACAUGGGAUCGAUUAUGCCACACUCCGUAAAUCAGCUAGUGCAUGGCAUGAUGAGUUUGCUGCUCUUCCAAAGCCCUUAGUUGUGGUUAACAUUGGCUGGCCUAGACGUAACUGUCGUUAUGGAGCAGACCUCGCAAAGCAGCUAACAGACGCCCUUCUUAGUGUCCUUGGUAGCUGCGGAAGUGUCAGAAUUGCUCUCUCCUACAAAACCCCUGAAAAGGUUUCAAGAGUAAUUUUCAAAGAAUUAGGAGAUAACCCAAAAGUCUACAUCUGGAGUGGCCAAGAACCAAAUCCUUACAUGGGACAUUUAGCUUGGGGUGAUGCCUUUGUAGUGACAGCAGAUUCUGUCAGUCUCAUAAGCGAAGCCUGCAGCACCGGGAAACCAGUGUACGUUAUUGGAGGCGAUCACUGUAAAUGGAAGAUUGCAGAUUUCCACAAGUCUUUGAGGGAGCGAGGAGUUGUCCGCUCAUUUACUGGUUUCGAAGAUAUGUCGGAAAGUUGGAGUUAUCCGCCAUUGAGUGACACAGCAGAGGCAGCUAUGAGAGUACGGAGUGCAUUAGCUGCACGUGGAUGGAGUCUACGCUCUUGAAAAAAUACUAUUAACUCUAAAAUACAAUCGGAUGUGCAGAGAAAGAAAGGAAAGGUGACGAUACCAUUUUAAAAGGGUGAUUUGCGUUUUUUGUGCCCUAAAGUUUUGCUCAUAUUACCAAUAGCAAACCAAAUCUCUUUUUCUUCUCAAUUGGAUUGGCCCUUGUGAUAUGAAGAGAGGGUGAAAAGUUAAUUUCCCGUUUGUAUUUGACUUGUCGGUGAGAUUGAAUGUGUAGAAUGAAAAAUGUCUAACACACAACUAUUUGCUCUCACAUGUUCGAUAAUCUUGUUUUUGGUACAUUGACUCAGGGCA